AUGUGUUUGUGUAUCUUCAGUGUUUUUCUCUCUUGAGUGUUAUAUUGAGUGUAAACAGAGUCUUGUCUCUGUGUAUGAUGAUGAGAGAUGAGAUGUGCUGUAAAUCAGUAGGAACCGAUCUGUCCAUGCUGGAUAUUGAUGAUUUCAUCACAGAAAUCUCUCAGCUAAAGAAAGAGGUGGCGUUACUGGAGAAGAAGCUGAGGUCAAGAGGAGAUGAAGGACUGAAGAGAGAGGAUGUGGAUGUGGUUUGUUGUGAAUCUUCCACACAGGACUCCGAGCUCAGUCUAACUUUACUCUGUUAUACUGAGUCAAAGCCCACAGACGCUCAGGACACUACAGUGUGUGACAGUAAACGGAGCUUACAGGAUGAUCAAACCUCCACAGAGUCUCUGGAUUCUGUCUGUAACGCUGGAGAACAGCAGCAGAUCCUGCAGACCAAACUCAAGAUGUGUUCAGUCAAACUCAUCGACUGCAGGAACCUCAUGAUGAAGCUCAAAACUGAACCCACAGAAAUGAAAACUGAACCCACACCUGAUGAACAUGAAGACAAUCCUAAUGAUGAUCAUUAUUUUAUUCUGUCAGAUGUGAGGAGUGAAUUAUGUUCGGAUGGAGAAAUAACAUCCUCGUCCCGUUCCUGCAUCACUGGUGGAAAGACAUUAAGCCCACAGAGACAUUUAGAGAGACAACACACAGAACAUGAACAUCAUCUGAAGAAACACACCGAUAAGAAACCAUAUCAGUGCAGUGAAUGUGGAAAAACCUUCAGGGGUUCAUUCUCUUUAAAGUCACACCAAACACUACACACUGCAGAGAAACCCUAUCAAUGUUCAUACUGUGAUGAACGUUUCAGUCAUAAAUCUAGUCUUACAAUCCAUGAGAGAGUUCACACUGGAGAGAAACGUCAUCACUGUGAUGUUUGUGGGAAGAGUUUUACUCGACAGGGUACCUUACUAAAUCACCAGAGAAUUCAUACAGGUGAAAAACCUUACAAAUGCUCUCACUGUGAGAAGAUGUUUACUUAUUCAGCUAACUUAAAAGCCCAUGAGAGACUUCACACUGGAGAGAAACCUUAUCACUGUAGUGUCUGUGGAAAGAGUUUUAGUCAACGGUCACCCUUACUUAGGCACCAGAGAAUUCAUACAGGUGAAAAACCUUACAAAUGCUCUCAUUGUGAGAAGUCGUUUGUUCAGUCAGGUUACUUAAAAAUCCAUGAGAGACUUCACACUGGAGAGAAACCUUACGUCUGCUCUCACUGUGGAAAGGGUUUCUCUGAUCCAAAUCAGGUUCGAGUACAUGAGAGAAAUCACACUGGAGAGAAACCUUACGUCUGCUCUCACUGUGGAAAGGGUUUCUCUGAUCCAAAUCAGGUCCGAGUACAUGAGAGAAAUCACACUGGAGAGAAACCUUAUCACUGUAAUGUUUGUGGGAAGAGUUUUAGUCAACAGCGUGCCUUACUAAAUCACCAGAGAAUUCAUACAGGUGAAAAACCUUACAAAUGCUCUCAGUGUGAGAAGUCGUUUGCUCAGUCAGGUAACUUAAAAAUCCAUGAGAGACUUCACACUCGAGAGAAACCUUAUCACUGUAGUGUCUGUGGUAAGAGUUUUAGUCAACGGGCAAACUUACUUAAGCACCAGAGAAUUCAUACAGGUGAAAAACCUUUCAAAUGCUCUCAUUGUGAGAAGUCGUUUGCUCAGUCAGGUAACUUAAAAAUCCAUGAGAGAGUUCACACCGGAGAGAAACCUUACGUCUGCUCUCAAUGUGGAAAGGGCUUCUCUUAUCCAAGUCAGGUCCGAGUACAUGAGAGAAAUCACAAACCUUAUCACUGUAGUGUCUGUGGGAGGAGUUUUGGGGAACAUAUCGUCUUACUUUAUCAUCAGAGAAUUCAUACAGGUGAAAAACCUUACAAAUGCUCUCACUGUGAGAAGACGUUUGCUCAGUUAGGUAACUUAAAAGGCCAUGAGAGAGUUCACACUCGAGAGAAACCUUAAGGCUGCUCUCACUGUGGAAAGAGCUUCACUUCUCAUAGCUCUUUUAGAGUUCAUCUGAGACUUCACACUGGAGAGAAACCUCAUCACUGUAGUGUUUGUGGGAAGAGUUUUACACCAGAGAACUCAUACAAGAGAAAGACUUAACAAAUGCUCUCAGUGCUCGACAAGAUGUCCUGAAGACCCAUCUGAUAGUUCACACUGAAGAGAAUCCGGUAACACUUUACAAUAAGGGUGCACUAAUAAUCAUGAAUUCAUGCUUAACUAAUGCACACAUAAUACUGAAUUAAUGUAUUACUAUAAGCUAUUCAUUAAUAAUUUCCUCAUUAGCAACUAAUGAAGAGUCUGUCUGGUUAAUAUAUUAGUUCAUAUAUGAAUUGUUAUUAAUUAAAUAUGUAAUUGUGGAUUAAUUCCAUCAUCACUUAUUUUAUUAACUACGUUAAUUAGUUUGCUAUAUGAGAUGCCCCAUUGGUAUUUCCAGUCAGGGUGGCUGUAAUCGGCAGCAGAUUUCAGGCUAAGGCAAUAGACGGGUUGAAAGUUUACAAACAGAGUGCGCGCGCAUCCAGGAGGCAGAAAGCCCGAUUGGUGAGCUGCUCCGCUACUGCAACAACCUUAAUUUUUGAAGCGUUCUUUAUUGUUUGUAUAUAAAUAAAACUUGAUUUUAGUUGGA